AUGGGGAAAGUGCAGAGUAAAAUCAGCUUCCACACCUCCAAAUACAGGGCCCAUGGCUGCACAGAGGAGACGGGGCCUGUCCGAGCCGUGGGGCAGCACAGCCCCGUGCACACCGACGGCGUCUCUUCUGUGGCUGCCCUCAGACCAGACCUGUGUGUGUCAGGAGGGAGGGAUAAGAGCGUGGCUGUCUGCAGCUGGAGAUCCGGGGCUGCGCUGCGCCGCUUCGUCGGCCACGAGCGGGAGGUCACCAAGGUCUCCUCUGCCCUCGACUCAGACAGAGUCUUCAGCGCCUCCCGGGACAAGACCGUGAUGAUGUGGGAGCUCCACGGGACCGCGGGGCCGAGCCAGCACUUCCCAGGGCAUGACCUGGUUGUUACUGGGCUGGCUGUGAGCCCGGAUGCCUCCCAGCUGUUCACAGGCUCGCGAGACAACACGGUGUGCAAGUGGGACACGGAGACCGGAGAGUGUCUGGGCAGAGUCGCGAUCUCCAGGAAUCUGGUCACCCAUCUGUGCUGGGUUCCUGGGGAGCCUUACAUCAUCCAGACCUCAGAGGAUAAAACAAUCAG